AGCCUUGUGGCCAGCUUGGGUCCCGCGGGCGGCGGAGUGGGCGCGGGCGCGUGGGGUGGCGCGGUCUCUGAGGACGGCAAGCUCGCGCGGGGAAGGAGUGGAGACCUAGGGGGGCGGGGGCACGGCUCCCUUGCUCGCAAGAUGGCGGACGAAGACGGGGAAGGGAUUCACCCUUCAGCCCCUCAGAGGAACGGAGGCGGUGGUGGCGGUGGCGGCGGUGGGGGGUCUGGGCUGCGCUGCGCCGGUAACGGCGGCGGGGUUGGCGGUGGUCCGCGGGUCGUGCGCAUCGUCAAGUCCGAGUCCGGCUACGGCUUCAACGUGCGGGGCCAAGUGAGCGAGGGCGGGCAGCUGCGGAGCAUCAACGGGGAGCUGUACGCGCCGCUGCAGCAUGUGAGCGCCGUGCUGCCCGGGGGGGCGGCCGAUCGGGCCGGGGUGCGCAAGGGAGACCGCAUUCUGGAGGUGAACGGCGUGAAUGUUGAGGGGGCAACACACAAGCAGGUUGUGGACCUGAUCCGAGCAGGCGAGAAGGAACUGAUCUUGACAGUGUUAUCUGUACCUCCUCAUGAGGCAGAUAACCUAGAUCCCAGUGACGACUCGUUGGGACAAUCAUUUUAUGAUUACACAGAAAAGCAAGCAGUGCCCAUAUCGGUCCCCACAUACAAACAUGUGGAGCAGAAUGGUGAGAAGUUUGUGGUAUACAAUGUUUACAUGGCAGGGAGGCAGCUGUGUUCUAAGCGGUACCGCGAGUUUGCUGUCCUACACCAGAACCUGAAGAAAGAGUUUGCCAACUUUACAUUUCCCCGACUUCCAGGGAAGUGGCCAUUUUCUUUAUCAGAGCAGCAAUUAGAUGCCCGACGUCGGGGGUUGGAAGAAUAUCUAGAAAAAGUGUGCUCAAUACGAGUCAUUGGUGAGAGUGACAUUAUGCAGGAAUUCCUAUCAGAAUCAGAUGAGAACUACAAUGGUGUGUCCGACGUAGAGCUGAGAGUAGCAUUACCAGAUGGAACAACAGUCACAGUCAGGGUUAAAAAGAACAGUACUACAGAUCAAGUAUAUCAGGCUAUUGCAGCAAAAGUUGGCAUGGACAGCACAACAGUGAAUUACUUUGCCUUAUUUGAAGUGAUCAAUCAUUCCUUUGUACGUAAGCUGGCACCUAAUGAAUUUCCUCAUAAACUGUACGUCCAGAAUUACACAUCAGCUGUGCCAGGCACCUGCCUGACUAUUCGAAAGUGGCUUUUUACCACAGAAGAAGAAAUCUUCUUAAAUGACAAUGAUCUUGCUGUUACCUACUUCUUUCAUCAGGCUGUUGAUGAUGUGAAAAAAGGUUACAUCAAAGCAGAGGAAAAAUCCUACCAGUUACAGAAGUUGUAUGAACAGAGGAAAAUGGUCAUGUACCUCAACAUGCUAAGAACUUGUGAGGGCUACAAUGAAAUCAUCUUCCCCCACUGUGCCUGCGACUCCAGGAGGAAGGGGCAUGUUAUCACAGCAAUCAGCAUCAUGCACUUUAAGCUGCAUGCCUGCACUGAAGAAGGGCAGCUGGAGAACCAGGUAAUAGCAUUUGAGUGGGAUGAGAUGCAGCGAUGGGAUACAGAUGAAGAAGGAAUGGCCUUCUGUUUUGAAUAUGCACGAGGAGAGAAGAAGCCUCGAUGGGUUAAAAUCUUCACACCAUAUUUUAAUUACAUGCAUGAAUGUUUUGAGAGGGUAUUCUGCGAGCUCAAGUGGAAAAAAGAGAACAUUUUCCAGAUGGCGAGGUCACAGCAAAGGGAUGUGGCCACCUAGCCUUUCCUUAUCCGCUUCCUUUCUCUUCACCCUCAUUCUCUUACCCCUUUUGUCUCCCAUGUCAGACAGAGUUAACCAUUAACAUAAAAGACAAGGAAAAGGAAAAAAGUCACUCUAUUCAAAAGCCCUAAACUAAAUAUUAUUUAAUAAUCCGUCUGAAUUUCAUGUCUCUGGAAUUGAGCUUUUAAAGAACAACAGAUUGGUCAGCACCAGGAGUCAACUGAGUUAAGACAGGAAAAGAAAUAAGCCCAACCAACUUGCCAAAGGUAUCUCUGUCCCUUCACCUGGGCCUCAUACCAACAGACUCUCCUUGUACUAUAUUUUUAAAACUGGAACUAUGAACUUCAUCCAUUUGCACGGUUCAGACAUAUAUAUGUAUGUAUGUAAAAAUUAUAUAUAUACAAAUUAGUUGCACGUAUAUACAUAUAUAUAUUUCUUUUUAAAUUUCAUAUUGAUAGCAGUACCUUUUUUAGCUUGUGUUUUUACACACCUUUCACUAGAAUUCAUGACUUCUUUCUUGCUCUCUUUAUUUUGAAACAAACUUUAAAAAGGAAAAAAAAAUUUUACAGGGAAAAUACCUCUCCUCAUGAAGGACUCGAAAAGUUUACAAUCUGCUUGGGUUCCUCCUGCUCCCCCACUUUUGUAUUGAGUGAAGAUUCUGGUUCAUGGGUUGCCAUAGAGUCUGAAGAGCAAGGAGUGUAAUUUCUUUAUCUUCAAAGAGACUGCUUAGGGAGGAGAAAGAGGUGUGUUUUUCAAGGGCAACAAAGCUGCAAAGCUGCAGGGAGAGUCUAAAGACUUGCUGUGGUCUCUGGAUUCCAAGAAAAUUAUCCUAGUCCAUCUCACUCGCUCCCACUCAUAGCUUCCUUGCCACACUCCAUGUCUCCUUCCUGCUUCCCGAGGGCUGCUUGUAUGCUUUCCCCUUGACUGGCUGAGAAUGGAGGGGAGGGUGGGCUCAGAAGGUUGACGCCACAGGAACCUGAAAUACCUCGUGGUCGUAAUUUUCCAUUUCCCUGCCAUUUCUGAAGCAGGAAUAGUACUAGGCACCAGAGUUAAAGCUGAUACCUUUAGGCACAAAGAUUGGACUUAGGUAGGGUAAAGAAAGGAAGAAAUGUCUCGUGUAUAUAAGCUUUCCCCUACUUCAUUCCUGACCAGUAAGCACCUAUAGCUAUUACAUUUUCUGUGACUUCCUUAAAGAGCAGUACUGAGGGAGGAUCUGACAGUAUCCCCAAGGCCUUGGGGAAGCUUGGAAUGGGUCAGUGGUCUAUGCCCACCAAACCAUAGCCCAUCCAAGCCAGCUGAGGAACCAGGAAGGAGCAGCAGGUAUAUGGUUGAUUUGGGUUGGAUCUCAACAUUUAAUUAAGAAGAGACUGAAGGAAUAUCUCGUGGUCCCUCAAAGAGCUCCUCGUCUGACCUUGCUGUUAGACCAUUUGAGGUCUGAGAGCUACAUGCAUGAUCUGGGGCCAGGGCUGACUGGGGUAGGUCAACAUUCUCCCUGCAAGCCCCAUAGAUAACUGUACUGGGAGCACCAAGUCAGGCUGUGAUGUAACUGAAUACAUCUAUGAGCCUUCUUUUCUUUUUCCCUUCUCUACCUUCAAGACAAAAACUGCCAGGGGGGCAUCUUUGGCUUUAAGUGGGAGGCAGCAUAGUUGGUUUUAGUCAACCUCACUGAGCAGUGUUAGGAUGGUUUGAAGUUUCUUUUCUUGUAGCUUAGUUUGCAGAUCAUUGUGAGGCCACUUUACUUGCUCUCUCACUCUGUUAUUCUGGUGGCCACUUGCCCCAGGGAGUGUGGGAGCUAUAGGACUUCCUGUCUUCCCUCCCUUUCUCCAGACCUAGGUGGAGUCACAGAGUGUGAAAUGUAAGAAUGCCGAAUGCUUAUUAAAGUUGCAGAGAGCGAUCCCUGAUUUGAAGGAUUUGACACAGGGUUGGCUUAAAUGAAUUUAAUUAUUUAGCUUAAUUAUUUGGAAAGAAUAACCUGGAAAGAAGGCAAAUUCAUUUCCCACUCUAAGAUGCUAAAGAGGCUUUUGGCACCAGCUGUGUUCAAACUGUAAAAGUAGCAAUUUGCCCCUCUUCCCUCAGAGUGUCAGAGAAAGGAACAAAUCCAGGAGCAUGUGACAGUACAAAUGCUGACCUCUGGGUGUGAGGUUCAGGGGGAUGCUCUUGGAACAAAAGCCCCUUAGAGUGGCACCAUCCCCUUUCUGGCCUGAUAUUCACUUGGUGCUUUGGAGACUGGGUGAGGGACCCAUAGGGAGUUGGUCCAUUGGCAGAAUCUGUUUAGGAACAGCCCCUGCUUGAGGCUGUACCACUAACAAAUUCCAGCUACAGCAAGGAGUAGGGAAGGAGGGAGGUCCCGGGGGACAGCGCCUGCUCCUCCACCCGCAGCAGGCUUCCUGCGACGGCUGCAGAGCUCACUGUGGCUGUGGAGCUCUUCAGGACCAAGCUCUUAUUUGCAUGAAGCAGUGUUAGGAUAACAUUCCCUUUCCCCCUUGCUCUGCACUUGCUCUCCCUAAUCUCUACUACCUUUCUUUGUCCUGGGUUCUGCCCAGGGAGGCUUCUACCCAGUCUUUUUAGGCAGUUUGUCUCUGAGAAAUUGAAGGGUUCCCCCUUCCCCCUGGAUCUUUCUAGUCUCCUCUUUUCCUCCCCUUCAUACUCAGUUUCUGUCCUCUUUGGAGUUUUUUGUGGAUUAGGAGAAAAUGCAGGCCCUGAGAAACCUGUGCCUGUAGAAAGGUUCUCUUGGGCCAUGCUUUGGGCUCUCUGCUCUUAAUGUUUUUAUUCUACUCUUCAUUUUUCUGCCCUCCUCUCUUGCCCUAGUCUUUAAGCUCAGCAUAGGUGAGUGCUCAGGGCAGCUCCCAGGCCUGGAGAGAGCUCUCAGGGAGCAAUUAGAUAGAUGUUCAACAUCUCCAUGCCUGGCCCAUCUACUGUCAUCCUUUAGUUACCCAGGCCAAUAACUUUGAGUUAUCCCCUCUUGUAGCUCCAAACCCAAUGCUUGAAGGAGCAGGAUAGGUCACUGACAGGAAGUGACACCUCUGUCUCUCAUCUCAGAUUUUGCCAACUUGUGUGCCUGGCUCCUCGGAGGCAGUUUUCAUAAAGGGAACUGCAUCCUGGUUGAUCUAAAGUCUCUACACCUGGAGGGACUACUGUGCCCUCCUUUCUCUCCAUUGUGCUCUCUGGCUGGACUGAUUCAGUAUAGAGACCAUUUGGGCUGUUGGACCCCAAAUAAUGCUAGGUUCCUUUCCCAGAUUACUGAGUCACAUUAGCUUCCUUUUGGAGGGAGGAUGAUGUGGUUGAAUACUCAGGAGAGGCUCUAGGUGUGCUGCUCUAGGUCCCCAUCUUCCAGUUCCUCCUUCUCCCUUUCUUUUCCCUUUGACCUGAGCACAUCAUGCCAGGCCUCAUACCAGGAGAGCAUCAGCUCACUCCUCAGCAAUAAUCUAGGGUGUGUGGGAAGUUUAAAGCUCCAGGGAAGAACAGAAUCAAAGAGGGAAGUGAUAAGGGAUGGAGGCACUUGGCCAACUGCUAACCUUGGACACCAGUUUUAUAUCAUGCCCCCUUUUUAAGCUGGUGAGCUGGGCUUCAGUUUUCCCCAGGCCAUGCACACUUUUAAUUUAUUUGAGAGAAACUCUAAUUGUAUUUUCACUGCAGUAUCUUGUAUUUUUUAUUUGUGAUUUAAGAAAUGUGAAGAGAAAAUACACAGACACAUAAUGGCUAACAGUGUUUCUUUCCUUGUUCUAGAGCUAACCACUCUAAAAUUGUUUGGUAAUGUCACUUAGUGUAAUUAAUUGUAACAUAUUCUUUUAAAUAAAUCAAUUUAUUGAUGAAACUA